AUAAAAGACUGUGUGACAAGGUGACGGACACUGUAAAGUUCAAACCUAAUCUAACGAUGCAGCCUUAACUGUGUGAGGCUUUGACUUUUUGUUGUGAUUAAUUUGUAUUUACACCCAAAUGAGUGAGUGGGAGCACAUGGGGUUUUUGUUGUGCGGUAUCAGUCUCAAAGGCCACUCAAUAAGCCACGGGAGGUGCUGUCUAUCCAUUGUUAUCUAGGCUUACAUUGACACUCUCCAAAGUCCAUUUAAUACCGCGAUUGAUCGACACGCCUGCUGUUUGGAUGGACAAAUGCUGCAAGGGAUGUUGGCCGUGCUCAGCCUGCUACGAAACCUGCUCAACCUCAUCUUCAGCACUAGCGACCACCUCUGUCAAGAGCAGUGCACACUUGUAGGGGUAAAUAGCCACUUUGACUACAAAAUAAAAGACCUGAUGUAAUAAUACAGUGAUGGAACGACACAGUGAUGAUAGCCUCUGCUGCCCUGACAUGUCAUCAAUGAAGAGAUGACGUCAGAUUUUGGUGAGUCUGACAUCACUGCUUGAGGUCAUUUUCAGGCAGCUGCUUCCUUGUGACUCAUUUUUAAUUGCCCCAGUCCAGGAAGAACAAUUAACUAGAAACAGCUCACAAUUAAUGGAACAAAGUAACUGAUAAAUAUUUACAGUAACUGUAAUAUGUAAAUAAGUGUCUUUUUCUAAUUAGUAACCAAUCAAAAAAUAUAUAUUUUGCAUUUUAUCUUUCCUUUGUUUAAACUGGUGGCAAAUAUUUUAAUUUAAAUAUAAUUUACAAUGACAAAAAUGUUUUAUAAAUAUGAAUUCACUUUUUUAAAAACACGGUUAAGCUGCCAUCUAUAUGCCUUUUAAGCCUUAAAACUAAUUUGCUUAAUGUUUUCUACUGAUUGAUAGAGAGGUAAGUUAAAGGCCAAUACAUCUUUCAAUAGCAUUCUUUAUACACAUGUGCUGAAAUAUGGUAUUUUAAAAAUAAAAUCUGUGAUGCUGCAAUUUUAUCAUGUCUUUACCAGGAGACCUACCAUAGGUAUUAAGAACAAAUGGCAUGCAAAACAACUUUGUUUUUACAAUUAAUGAUCUGCCCCAGGCACGUUUGUCAAAUAGCCUUCAUUCGUGGAAAUGUCUUUUCAUGAGAAAAAGAGUUCUCUAUGAAUAGUCUGCAUGUAAUGAAUAGAAUUUGUAGACUGAUUGUUGCAAUUCACAUCUUUUCUCACUGCAAAUUAUUCCUCACAGUCUGUACCCGACACAAUAUGCCGGAUGUGCCUUUUUACAUCAGAUGUCAUUUUUCACUUUUUUAUGCGCUCACUGCUUGUGCUCUGAUCAGCUUGUUAGAGCAAAAGCAGUUCCAGACAACUUUGAUUUGAGCUAAACAUCUAAACCUGUAUUUCCCGGCCAUGGUAUUUCAAGCAUAGUUAAAUAUAGUUACAUGACACUCACAAAUAAACAAAAUGCUUUAACACAUAAAAGGCACAUAAAAAACAAAAAAUUCUUAACAGCAUUUUUUGUAAAGAAAACGUUUUUGUAAAACAAAUGGCGUGGGUAGAACAAAGUGACAACUCAAAUAUAUUUUUAAUAUGAUUAUAUUAUUUUUGCGUCUCUGCAUCUAUUAUUUUGAAAGCCAUCACCGGAUGCUACUUGUUUAUGAGCCUGUGCAAAGUAACCCUUUGUCUUCUCCCCAUCCGCCCCCCGUCCCGGUGUUGCCAUUCCGACGCACAGCCCCCGACGGUGGCGCAACAGCAAAGGACUUGCCAAGUGGACAGAACCUCUGGUCCAGUACGCACAUCUUCGAAUACGGGUUCCUCCCACCUGCCAUCCCAAUACUGUGUGCGUGUGGUGGGAGGACAGCAGCCCCAGAGAGAGGGCGAGAAAGAGAGAGAUGCGCCCGUGGUGAGAUGCUGCUGAAGUCAAAUCACGGGAACGAGACGGCGCGCAGUCACUGGAAUGUUGGGACGUGACUGAGUAACAAGGGGUUCAAAAACAGAAGCAACAACAACAAAAGACACUUGGAUGAUGCCGGAAUGGGGCGACAGGAGCCCUCCGUGGUAUGAGUGAGGAACACAAAGCUCCGCAGCGGUGAUCACUGUUUGAGCCACCAACCAUCCAUCCAUCCAUCCAUCCAUCCAACCAGCCAGCCAGCCAUCCAGCCAGCCAACAGCCAUCCUGAGGGUCUCUAUUCAUGUUACAAAAGCCUGGCUCCUGACAAUGGAAUACUUGCUGUGGGUGUGCAGCCUCCUCGUGCCAAUGGUGUUGGCUGUUGAAGAAACGCUUAUGGACAGUCGGUGGGCUACAACAGAGCUGGCCUGGACGACAUUCCCAGAAAGUGGGUGGGAGGAAGUGAGCGGUUAUGAUGACUCCAUGAGCCCCAUCAGAACCUACCAGGUGUGUAAUGUCCGACAGCCCAACCAGAACAAUUGGCUCAGGACGGACUAUAUCCCCCGCAGGGGUGUGCUCCGCGUCUACGUGGAGCUCAAAUUCUCCGUGCGCGACUGUGCCAGCAUCCCCAACAUCCCCGGCUCCUGCAAAGAGACCUUUAAUCUGUUUUACUAUGAAUCGGACGGCGACACGGCCACGGACAGUAGCCCCCUGUGGAGGGAGAACCCUUAUGUCAAAGUGGAUACCAUUGCCCCCGAUGAGAGUUUCUCUCUCCUGGAAGCCGGCAGGAUCAACACUAAAGUGCGCAGCUUUGGCCCCCUGUCCAAGUCAGGCUUCUUCUUGGCCUUCCAGGACCUCGGAGCCUGCAUGUCGUUGAUCUCGGUCCGGGUGUUCUUCAAAAAGUGCUCCACCACCAUUGCUAAUUUCGCCGUCUUCCCCGAGACCGCCACGGGGGCGGAAGCCACUUCCUUAGUCAUUGCGCCGGGGGCUUGUGUGACAAACGCCAUGGAGAUGUCUGUCCCGCUGAAGCUCUACUGCAACGGUGACGGAGAGUGGAUGGUGCCAGUGGGCGCGUGCACCUGCGUCGCUGGUUAUGAACCCUCGGCAGAUCGCACCCAGUGCCAAGCCUGCAUCCCCGGGACUUUCAAAUCCAAAUUUGGCGACGGUUCCUGUGUGGCCUGCCCGUCCAACAGUCGCACCGGAGCCCGAGGGGCCAGCGUUUGUCCCUGCCAAAGUGGCUUUUACCGCUCUGAUAGCGACUCGCCUGACACUGUCUGCACAACUAUCCCAUCUGCCCCUUGCAAUGUAAUCUCCAGCGUGAAUGAGACCUCGCUUUCCCUGGAAUGGGAGGAACCUGAAGACACGGGUGGGAGGAGUGACCUAGUGUAUAACGUGGUGUGUAAGAAAUGCCUGCGAGACCGCAGCCCGUGCACGCGCUGCGACGACAACGUGGACAUCUCCCCUAGAAGGCUUGGGUUGAGGCAGAGGAAGGUGGUGGUGAGGAAUCUGCAGGCUCACACCCGCUACAGCUUCGAGGUGCAGGCGGUUAACGGUGUCUCCGGGAAGAACCCCGCCUCCCCCCGUUACUCGACAGUCAACAUCACCACCAACCAGGCUGCCCCCUCCGCAGUUCCAACAGUCCAUCUGAUGCGUUCCACCGCAGACACCCUGAGUCUAUCAUGGCUGCCCCCGGAGAAACCUAAUGGGGUCAUUCUGGACUACGAGAUUAAAUACCAUGAAAGGGGUCAGGCUAUGUCACACACAGUAACAUCCCAGCACAGCUCAGCCAAGGUGGAGGGGCUUAGAGCUGCCACGCCCUAUGUGGUGCAGGUCAGAGCUCGCACUGUGGCAGGAUAUGGUCGCUACAGCAACCCCAUGGACAUCAGCACCAGCCUGCACAGUGAUCCUCAGAAGUCUGUGCAGGACCAGCUGCCUCUCAUCAUAGGCUCCGCCUCUGCAGGGUUGGUGGUCAUUGUUGCCAUGGUGGUAAUUGCUGUUGUCUGCCUCAAGAAGCAGCGCAGUGGCUCUGAGCUAGAGUACACCGAGAAACUACAGCAAUACAUUUCUCCAGGGGUAAAAGUGUAUAUUGACCCUUUCACCUACGAGGACCCCAAUGACGCUAUCCACGAGUUUGCCAAGGAAAUCGACAUCUCGUGCAUAAAAAUUGAAGAAGUCAUCGGUGCAGGCAGCACAUGCACAACACCCAAGUUCCUCACCCGUCCACGUUGUCCCUACACUACUCCCAGACUGCACACUCGAUCACAGCCACUCACCCCUUUGCUCCCUGGCAUCUUUACCCUUUGACCUGUCUUUAGUGGCCUUUUACCCAGUAUCCAGUUGAAAUUGUACAAAAAAUAUGACAGCAUACAACUUGGCCAUUUUGAUCAUCUGGAGCCAUUUAAAGGUGGGAUUUAUCCAAUAACAUGACAAAAACAGGAAAAAAACCAAUAAACUUGAAUUCAAUGUCAGUGACUUUUUGACGAGACGUUCGCCUAAAUUCAUCCGACUUCCAACACAUUGGCAUUUCUCUUCCUGAUAAUUGACGAGACAUACCUAAAUUCACCACCUACGUAUUCUUUGUUUGACUCAAAAGCUGUGCUAAUUUCAAACCCAAAGCAAUGCAACAUUGCCAUUUCUAGGCAUGUGUUAGUAAUUACAGUGCUUUACAAAGCUGAAUUUCUCAGAAAAUUUGGGCGAGACCCUCUUUGAUGCCUAAUGCCAUUGAAAAAAGGUACUUGAGAGUAGGUUUGGAUUCCAGCUGACGGACAAAACCGUCCACAUCAGUGAAUGAGCUAAUUAAUUUGUGCAGGUCUCUACUUGCGUGUUUUGCUCGUCAAAAUUGGAUGUAAUUUAACAAGUUUUGCUCAGACCAACCAAGCAGAGGACACAUUUUAAAUCUGACUGGCCCAUCACUGCUAUUUUUUACCCCCAACACACAAUUUGGCACUGACCUCAUUCAGAUCAAACCAAAGUUUCCCUUUUGCCAUCAUACUGUACACUCUCCAGCUUGCCCUCCUUUUCUCUCCUCAACUCACUUGACCCUUUUCCCUCAUCACCCUCACCUCCCUCCCCCACACCCU